AUGACCCUCACAAGUCUCUCAGUUCUCAGGUCUGAGUUCUCACACCCUGCUUAUUGUAAGAGCAGGUUCUCAGUCUUCAUCUUCCAGCUCAUUCACUUCAUGAGCUUUAGAGACAUCACAGUGAUCUGGGAUCCUGAGUUCAUUAAUGCUUCUCAUGCUUGCAGGGCAGCAGCACUGCAGUGCAGUCUCUUCUCACAAGCAAGCAUUUUCAUUGAGAAAGUAACAGAUUCAGAUGUCAGCUUCAAGGCCCUUAAGAAGGCUGUUACUGACUCUGUCCAUGACUCUUCAAAUUUCUAUUUUGAUUUGUUCAGACAGUUUGUGUGA